AUGAAAGAAAUCACUGUUGCACUUCUUGCGAUAAGUUUUUUAGCAUUGACAAAUGCUCACACUUAUCACAUGGGAGAAUGCCCUGUUGUACAACCAGUGACUGAUUUCCAGAUGAGUAGACUGAGAGAUAUUAAAUCUAUCGUUACUCAUAAUUUGUGUCAACAGUUUUUGGGAUAUUGGUACGUCAUUCAAAAAACUUCAACUGCUAGUAAAUGCGUUGGAUACAAUUACACACGUGGCGAUGAACCUGGAGAAUACACAAUUUCUCAAGAAUCAAAUCAUCCAGUAUUGGGCCUUACUCCUCUGAAACAUGAGUAUCGUUAUACUGGUGAAUUAACUGUACCAGAACCAAGUACGCCAGCACUGAUGCAGGUUCGCUUCCCACUGAGUGUAGCUGGAAGUGCUUCCCACGUUAUUUUUGCAACAGAUUAUGAUAACUAUGCUGGUAUCUUUACUUGUCAAAAACUUGGAUUUGCACACCGUCGGAGUGCUACAAUUUUAUCACGUAUGAAAGAACUUGACAAAACGAAAGUUGAUGCUAUACGAACUAAGUUAAGCAGUUAUGGUGUUGAUCCUUAUGAUUUGAGUAUUGUACCCCAGAGUGGGUGCAAUGCUGGUCAAGAUCCCGUUAAAAUUGACAUUAAUCCAGAUACUUUUAGUUCUGAAAACGUUGGUAAAAUUUUCCGCAAAGCAGGAGAUAAAAUAAAAAAUGGUUUUGAAUGGGUUGUGAAUGCGGGAAAUAACGUUUACCAUAAAAUCACCGGUAGUGAGUCAAAUGAUUCUGGUAAAGAUAAUAUAAAAGACCAGCAACCUGGGACAGUCAGACCUAUUAGUCAUCCAAAAAUUGAAACCAAUGAAGUAGAAUGGAUUCCUUAA